GUCUCGUAGUACGCUUCUCGAUUCAACUAAAAUUAGCCAACGACAAGUGUGCGCUACGUUCUAAACUCCGAACAAGAGAUAGUUGAUGCGCCCGGCCAACCACGUGCUCCAAGAGGCCACGUACACGGACGUGUAUGUUCAUGGCCACGACGUACCAGGUGGCAUCUCUGCUGUCGAAGCUGCAUGGACGCGGCUCUUACAGCGGCACCGGCACCUCUACUUUGACGUAAUGGCGCCGCUCUCACAGUACAGUCCCGACGACAAGCGGCCGUUGUACUACUCGCCGACGCAGCUUACCACCGCAGCCGCCACCAUUGAAGCCCGCACUGAGCACGUCGUCGCGCUUCAGCACCAGCUUUUGCUUGAUUGGCAUAAGGGCGCCACCUUCUUCCAGGCCGCGUGGAGAGGUUUUGUCGCACGGCGCAUCACGCGUCGCCAGCGCUUUCUGCUCAAAAUCGAGCGGGUUGACCACCUAUACUUUGUUGCGUUUCACCGCCGCCGCCUCGCGCUAGCGCGUCGGGAGCGACGGGUUCGAAAGGCCGCUGCGCACAUCAAGUGUCUGGCACGGCGGGCCCAUGAACGAGCGGCGAUCGUGCAGCGCAGUGUCCGACUCUACCUCUUCAAGUGCGAACGCUGGCGCGCCGCCGCUACGCUCGUGCGCUGGUACCGCCUCGUCUCCCGUCGCGCCAAGCUACGUGCGUGCGCACGGCGGCUGCAGCGGUUUGUCCACUGGAAACGACGCGAAGAGCAGCUCAACGAGCUCGCCGCCGUGGCCGUGGCCGCGCGACGCCAGCAUAUUGAGGCCAAGCAAGCCGCGUACUUUGCGUUGCAGCCCGACCACGUCAUUGUGCACCGCCUCGUCAUGGCGCGCAAGCAAGACAUCUACCGCGCCUUGCACCCGCAGCAAGCGUUGAACCAGCGACUUCAUUCAAGUGGCGAGAUGAGCGUCGCGCCAUUGCGGCUUCCGAUGGCCUCGAACGCCAUGCUCGCCAAAGCCUCAGUGGCCCGGUCCAAGCUGCGAUGAGCAUGCGUCGCGCCGGGUCAACUCUAUCUGUGCAUCUAGUUAGUCGAUAAGCGCCAUCGAGACGAAGGCGGACGGUUCGAAAAAAGCUUCGAAUUUUGCGAUCUGA